AUGUUUCUUCUAUUUCUGAUUCCAUCAAUUCUUGGAUCACCUGAAUCUGAUGCUAAGGCUCUAAAUGAAGCACUCAAUGGGAUACCGGAUGGAUUCAAUGAAUCAACAUUGAUCACGGUGAUUUAUGAGAAAAAAUACCUACGUAGGCAGAAAAUGGUAGAAACUUUUCGAAGAGUUUAUGGUGAAGAUCAAUAUUCAAAUUUAUGGAACAAAAUCUCAUAUGCUCCAGACGAUAUUCGGAUGGGAAUAAUCGAUAAUAGUUCAGCAUUUUAUGAUGCAAAAGUAUUGAUUCAUGCAAUGCGUGGUCGUUCAUAUAAAAAAAAACCUAUCAUAGAAGUUAUGGUGUCAAGAACAUCGAAAGAAAUGAAAAAAAUCAAAGAGGCAAGUCUAGCAUUAGGCACUGAUUUAUGUGAUCAAAUGGACUGUGAAUUAGGAUUUGGAGAUUUUAAAGAUGUUAUGUUAGAACUAUGUAAAGCUGACAGAAAUGAAGACGAUUGGUAUGAUGUAGAUUUAGCACUAAAAGACUGUGAUAAGCUUUAUCAAUUUGGUCCGCGUAGAAUGUUAGAUACUGAUGAAUAUGGGAUUAAUAAGAUUUUGUUCAAACGAAACUAUGAACAACUUCGAGUGAUGUUUAGGGUUUUCUCGAAUUAUGUAUUCACAUAUUUAUGGAAAGAUGAAUAUAUAACUUUGGAGAAGCGAUCGAUUGAAACUAUGAUUGAUGAGGAAUAUUCUUUGUCUACGAAAGAUGCACUUCUAGAAUAUGUGAAAGCUGUUAAGAACCGUAUUGGAUAUUUUGUAAAUCUUAUUAAGAAUGGUUUGACAGGUAGGUUUAUCUCAAAUUUUUUUUCCAAAAAUUCAAUUGAUUACAGAUGGCGCUGGAUCCAAUGGCGAACGACAAGUGAUUCGAACAAUCUUUGGUCGCACUGGUAUCGAUUUACCCGAAAUUGUCAAGGAGUUUGGUGGAAAGGAUAAACUUGUGGAGAGCAUCAGAAAAUCUGUGGAUUUAUAUUGGUUUACUAAACAAGCUUUGAUCGCUAUUCUGAAUGCGAAUUGUGAAGAAUGUUAA